AGAGUCCCCGUAGGCCGUAGCAUCCAUUUCUUGCUGUAGAAGCUUUUGAAUUUUGAGAGUAAUAGCAAACUGCGAAAUUUCCCGCUCAGAGAAACAGAGAGAACGAAGAAGAAGAAGAAGAAGAUGGAAGCGAUUGUGCUACUAACAACCGGUGAGAUGAAGAACAUCAAGGUCAAUGGCGAGGUGGAGAAAGAGAGGAAGAUCUUCCGCAUUCAAGUUUCCAAAACUAAGAAACCACUCUUCUUCUACCUCAAUCUUGCUAAGAAACAACUGAAGACGGACAAUGAUGUUGAGCUCUGUGCACUUGGCACGGCUAUUCCAACUAUAAUAAUCAUGACUGAGAUUUUGAAACGCAAUGGAUGGGCAAUUGAGAAAAGUAUAGUGGCAUCCACUAUUGAGGCUAAGGAAGACAAAGAAGGUCGAGUAGGGGCUCCAAAGGCUAAGCUUGAUAUUCUGUUGGGAAAGGCUAAGACUGUUGACCAAAGCACUGAUGGGUCAGCAUAGUAGUAGAACUACUAAUGGGAGAUGGUGAAACUCUACUGCUUGUAGAGUAUGCCUAAUAAAUGAAUUUGCGGUUCAGAUAUAUGUUUGAUGUUGUUUUUUUUCAGCUUUUGGUUCAAGACUAUUGCAAUUUUAGUCUUGCAAACAAUGUAUUCCUGUAUAAACACAUUCUUAUGGAGUUAAUAAAUGUCCUGCAAUUUGAUUAAUUUGAUA